UGACCAAUAAAACUAAAAAUUUCAACUUUUGAUCUUUUGGUCAAUUUCUGCAGGCAAAAAAUAUUAUUUUUUGUUUCUGGGUUUUCAUUUUUUUUAAUUUAUUCAGCAGUGGCUUUCACACUACCACAUCCAUUGAGAUCUGAAUAUAUAUAUAUUGUACGAUUCCGUGGCUGCAAAAGUUUGAAGCUUGACAACUUUUCAGCUCACCCAGAAGAGAGAAACGAGCGGAGAAGAUGGACAAGAAGCUUCUGGAUGCAGCCAUGGCGGGAGACACUGCGGCGCUUAAAGAUCUGAUCGCAGAAGACCCACUUGUUCUCGACAGAGCUUUAGUCUCAUGCGUCUCCGAGACGCCGCUUCACGUAGCUUCAAUGCUAGGUCACCUGGCUUUUGUUACCGAGUUACUGAGCCGCAACCCCGAGCUGGCCUCCGAGCUGGACUCGCAUGGGUCAACGCCUCUCCACGUGGCGGCGGCGAAGGGGCACGCGGAGAUUGUGAAAGAGCUGGUUCUGGCGGAUCCGGGGGCGUGUGCGGUGAGGAACGGAGACGGGAGGGCGGCGCUCCACGUAGCGGCCGCCAAGGGGCGGGUUAAAGUAGUGAGAGAGUUGGUCCGAGUUGGGAGUGAGUCGACUCGGGCGUUGACGGACCGAGGCGAGACGGCGCUGCACUUGUGCGUCGGGUGUAACCGGUUGGAGGGGUUGAAGGUUUUGGUCGAGGCAGCUGGGAGUGAUGAUGAUUUUGUGAAUUGGAAGGAUUGUGACGGUAACACUGUUUUGCAUAUUGCCGUGGCCAAGAAGCAAACCGAGAUUACCAAAUUCUUGCUGUCUAAAACCGGAGUGAAUGUGAACGCGUUGAAUGCAAACAGCGCUACCGCCUUAGACAUUCUGAUGCAGAGUCCUAGAGAUUUGAGGGAUAUGGAGAUUGAGGAUUCUCUUCGAGGUGCUGGGGCUCAGAGUGCAAAGGAUGUAUGUAACAUUGCGCACGACUGGGUUCGUGCUCCAACUAAGGAACGUCAGAUAUCAAGACAUCGAGGCUCAGCACUGUCCUCGAGAGUGAGUGUUUCUAUGAAACCGGCUGGGAACAAGAAGCCUACUGAUUGGCUUGGUAGGAAGAGAAGUUCAUUGAUGGUGGUGGCAUCUCUCCUUGCAACUGUUGCCUUCCAAGCUGCAAUAACCCCGCCAGGAGGUUUUUGGCAGGAUGACCUGCAAGUCGAUGAAAAUGGCAACCCUGUGGCGAAUCCUCACACCGUAGGAACAUCUGUCAUGGCAACUAAGCAGGGAAAAGAGUAUGGUCUAUUCAUGAUUUUUAACACAAUCUCAUUCCUCACAUCCCUAAGCAUAAUUCUUCUGCUUGUUAGCGGGCUACCUAUCAAACGGAGGAGAUGGAUGUGGAUACAAAUGGUCAUAAUGUGGGUUGCUGUCACAACACUAGUAAUAACUUAUUUCAUCACUCUCCGUCAUAUGUCACCUAAUGACGUACAUGUGCAAAUCCUGUUACGUAAGGUAACCGAGAUAUCAGUUUUGACAUGGUUGACUUUAAUGGUGGUUGUUUUCUUUGGCAAUGUUAUUCGUAUGAAUCUAUGGAUUCUCCGAAAGUAUGGUUAUAUUAAGCCAAAAGAGGUAGACGAUGAACUUGAAGAGGUGAGAACUGAGGAUUAAGUGAACGACUCUCAGUUUUCUACGGCUUUGCAACUCAUCAUUGCAGUAUUGCAAAUGCAUUUGACACUAAAUUCAUUAAUCCGGGUGUGGUAUCUGGUUCUGAUAUGGGGUGCCAAACUAGUAUCCGAGAAAGUUUUGGUCCAGAGCUUUAUGGAACAUAUGAUCGGACGCGUGAAGGUCUGUUUUCUAGCAGCAAAUUUGGAUGAAGAUACUGUAGUUGUAGCCUUUCUUAUCUAAUGAUUUGGGUUGGAACUUGGAAGGGGUAAACUCUCCGGUCUUGUACAUCUAUUCCUCUGUUAAUAAAAGUACAUUGUAUGCUGCCUUUCAAAUUGUGCAGGUCACGAAUCGAAUCCUCAUGGCUCCGAGAUGGCAUGCUGUUCUGUGUUUUGUGUUCUAUCUUCUGUCCUUGUAAAUUUUUUAGAAGAAUAUAUCCUUUGGAGAUGUAGGGUUUUGGCUAUCUUAUGUUUGGUUGAUAAGGAGUUCUUGAGCUUUGAUUUGAAUGUGAUUUGUGUGAUUCCUGAUUUUUGUAUUUUUACAAACGAUUAUUGUUUGUUAAAAGAAAUCAAGGAAAUGACAGUGAUGAUUGUGAUUUA